AUUCGCCGUUAAUGAAACCGGACGAAACUUGAGUCGAUUUAAAGCGAGAUUCUUUGUUGGACCGUUUUGAAAGCCAACUCUACUAAAAAAAAAAAGUUUAACACUAAAAUGAGGCUUUGAAUAGUGUUUUCAAAUUUGAAGUAAUACUAUUUACAAAUUCAUUUUUUUCCUCAAAAUGAUGUAUUAUUAGAAAAUAUUUUUUUUUGUUUUUGAUGUUUUUCUUUCAAAUAAGAUAACAUUGAAAAUGGUAUAAUUAUGACCCCUCUUAAUAAACAUUUAUGGGUUUCCCAUGGUUGAUAUGAACUGCACUCAUUUCACAAUAGCAAUUACAAUCAAUCCAAAAUAAAAGAAAUAUCUUAAGUUUCAGGUCAAACUUUAAUCUCACAUCUACCUUUGCUUAGUUUAUCAAUUAAUCAGCUCACCAAGCUUGUUGUUUGAAAUAAUAAGAUCCAUAGGCCAGAGGUAUAAAUAUUAUCUUCUUCUGAGCUUUUACUUGUGUUGAAACUUCAAUAAACUCAAUAUACGAUUAGUUUGUUUGUUUGUUAAAUGCUCUAUCUCUCUUUCGUUAUUAGCAAGUAAAAAGAUUGUGAGCAAAGAGUAUAAUGAUACAUAGCAAUUUAGCCAGUUAAGAGCUUCGAUAUGAGCUACUCUUACGUCUAGGCCAAACGAUUAUGGCAAUCCACUAUAUGUUUAACAUCACCACCGAGUUUAAGCACAAACAAUUUUUAGCUCAAUAAUGUAGGAAAAGAUAAAACGUUCCAAAAAUUAUUCAAGUCAAAUGACGACUUCGAGCUUAUAUAAUGCUCAAUGAUAACUCAUAAUCCUAAUAGAAUCUUAUCUAUAUUUUUUAUUCUCUAGGAAUUAAACAUUCUAUGUUUAUCAUCUAAUUCCUAAUGUUUAAAAUUUGGACCAAUCAUAUCCAACAAACUCCACCUUGAGUUAACAACUGAAAACAAGCUUCAGUCACUUUCAAAAACUCCAAAGUGUUGUUGAACUUGCUCAUCGGCACAAACUUUGUCAAGACAUCAGCUGCGUUUAUUGAGGUUGGAAUCUUCAGUACCUCUACGUCUCCACAAACGAUCCAGUCUCUGAUAUAAUGGUACUUUGUAGCAACAUGCUUAGUCAUUUCAUGAUAGACUCUAUUCUUUGCCAAACAAAUCUCACUCUGAAAAUCGCACAAUAUAGAAACACAUUUCUGCUCAAACCCGAGCUCUUUCAAUAACUCCUUAAUCCACACUUUUACAACUUCUGAUAAGGCAAUAUACUCAGCUUUAUUAGUUGAUAGAGCCACUAAAGGUUAAAAAUUUGACUUCCAGCUCACAAUGUUUCCUCUUACCUUGAACACAUAUCUAUAAAUCGAUCUUCUCAUGUCCAAAUCAGUUGCGUUAAUCAGAAUCAUGGAAUCCUUAACUUGAGAACUCAUUUUGUUUUGUAUAAGUUAGAAAAAUCUGAGAUUCCCAUUUGAUGUAUCUCAUCAACCGUUUUACGGUUUUCUAAUGUAUUUCCCCAUUUUUACUCAUAAAAAUUUUAUGUAACCAAUUUCAUAAGUUAGGCCAGGUCGCGAUCCUACCAUGGAGUACAUGAUGAUUCCUACAACACUUGAGUUUGGAACCGUGUUUGUGUCUAACAACUCAAAAUCCUCUUCAAUAGAAUACAACUUAAAAUGUUCUCCAAUCAGUGUAUUUACCUUCUUAGAUGCUGGCCAUAUUGAAGUUUCUCAUAACCUUCUGUAAAUAUUCUAAUUGAGCCAGCUUUAUUAUUAUAUUCUUCAUGUCUUUAAAAAUGUUCAUACCAAAAAUUCUUCUACAUGUCCCGUCCCAAAUCGUUCAUCUCAAACUUAGAUCUUAACAAACCCUUUAACUUUGAAAUCUAAUGCAUCUCCUUGGCUGCUAAUAAUAUCUCAUCUAUGUAUUGUUUAAGAUAAAAGCUUUCUUCACGUAUACACACUAUGAUCUUGUUCACUUCUCAUAAAAUCUUGAUCCAUCAUGAACUUAUCAAACCGUUUAUUCCACUUGGAGACUAUUUCAACCCAUAGAGAGAUUUCUUAAGCAAACAAACCUUCUCAUCCCCACCUACUUCAAAACCUUCAGGCUGGGAGAAACUGUUUUAACAUCCAUAUGUUCAAGCUCUAAAUCACCAUAAGAAACCAAUGUUAGCAUAACUCAAAUUGAGAUAUUCAAUACAUGUAACCACACCUUUUAAUAAUUAAUACCUUCACGUUGAGCAUAUCAUUUGCCUACUAAUCCGGAUGUGUACCUCUUAGGCUCAAAUCCUGGUAUUCUUGGUUUAAAUUUCAAUAUCCAUUUACUCUCAAUGAUCUUUUGUCGUUCAUGUUUAUCUACCACCAAACGCAUCUUGUUUUUUUUGUCCAGAGACGUCAUCUCUUCACCAUCAACGCCUUUCCAUAAUUUUUUAUCUUUACAUCUCAUGGCCUCAUGAUAAUCUCUCGGUUCUUUGGCCUCAGCUAACUCUUAUGCUGAUGCAAGAGAAAAUGCCACUUCAGACUCUUCCGUGAAGUUCAAAGGAGGGCUGAUAUCUGCGUACCGUGUUGGUGGGAAAAUAGUCCUCCUUUGCAUAUCCCUUGCGAGUCGGUAGUUAGUCAAACCAUCACUCUAGUUUUGUGAAUCAACUUCACUGUUACUUUCUAUAUCUGUUUCAUAGUCAGAAUUAGCUUUAACAGGUUCUUCACCUUCUCCAGAAUCUGCUGAGUUAGAUGUUACAUGCUUUCUAUAUUCAUGUGGUAUCUCCGCGAUAACCUUAGAUUUUUCACUUUCUAAGUUCUCCAUAGCUUUUGUUUUAGUGGACUCUUUGGUCAUUCAUGCACACUUCUUUUGAUCCAAUAGCCACACCUUGUAAGCAUUUCAUAACCGGUGGGUAUCUUACAAAUACUCCUUUCAAUGCCUUUGCCUUCAGCUUUCCUCAAUCAGCAUGUACAUUGAAAAUAAAUCCAAAUGUUCUUAGGUGUUUGUAUCCAGGUUUCUUCUUAAUCCAAAUUUCUUCAAGAAUGUUGUUGUUAAUCACAAAGAUGGUGUUCUAUUAAUCAGGUAAGCUGUUGUAGUUGCAGAUUCCGUCUAGAAACUUUCACUUAAACUAAAUUGCUUUAACAUGCAUUAAACCUUCUCCAUAAUCGAGUGAUUCAUAAACGCAGCAACGCCAUUUUCUUGUGGUGUAUAAGUACAUGUCCGAUGACUUUGAAUUCCAUUCUCCUUGCAGAAUGUAUCGAUCUCUAUGUUACUGAAUUCUAAACCAUUGUCUGUUCUGAGACACUUGACCUUCUGAUUCACUUGAUUCUAAACCAGUGUUUUCCAUUCACAAAAACUUGCGAAAGUUUCAUCUUUGUUUUCAAACACUAUAACCAUACCUUACUUGAGCAGUUAUCGACGAUUGACUAGAAAUAUUGUUAAUUUGACAGAGAUUGUGUACAUUCGUAUACCCCUAAAGGUCAGCUUGUACAUAACAAGCACCUUGUCGGUGUCAUGAUUUCCAACUUAGAAGCUUACAUGUUUGGUCUUUUAAUCACACAAGCUUCACAAAAAUCAUAAGGAGAGAUUUCCUUCUUAGUAUAUUUUUGAUAACCAAGAUUUCCAGGGUUUUCUCACUAAUGUGGCAUAAUCUGUUGUGUCACAGUCCAAUGAUUUUGCCCUUUGAUUCUAUAACUUCUAUCUUGUGAACUCGCUUAUUAUUGUAUCACCUUCAAGGAUAUACAAUUCAUAUCUCUCAAUCAAGCCUUUCAUUCUUGUGAAAUAUGAGUUUACCAUCUCUACCAUUGUGGUGUAAUCCGAGUUUGUUAAGUGUUCCGGUAGAUAUCAAAUUUCUUCUCAGAUUUGGAACAUAUCUGACAUUGUUCAAGACAUAAAUUAAGCCUCCACAAGUAUUCAACUUAAUAGAUACACUUCCUUUAACCUCCACUGAAUGAUUAUCUCCAUAUAGAAUAAGAUUUCUAUUUAUCUCUGUAAAUAUAUAAAACUAGUUUCUUCUGGACGCCAUAUGGUAGGUACGCCAUGAGUCAAUAACCCAAUUAUUUCUUGGAUUCUGGUCGGAGACAUUCAGUGCAUCAGAAUACUGAAGUUGUUUUGUGAUAACAGCCGCUUCACCUUGUUCCUCCCUUCCAAACUUAUUAUUUAGAGCGAAACAAACCUUUUUGAGGUGUCUCUCUUUCUUACAGUACCAACACACCACUUUUAGAUCUCGAUCGUGAUCUACCAUUAUUAAUUUUCUUAGAACCAUUCCUCCAUUCAGACAUGCCCCUAUCUUGAUGGUGAUCUUUCAUGACUAAACCUUCUCCGGAUUCUUUAUUACUCGAACCAUUGUCUUUCAAAUCACUUUUUUUAUCACGAGCUUCUACAAUCAUAGCCUCCAGAAUUAUGGUGUCUUGUGCAUACUUCAAAGAUUCCUUCAGCUGGUUGUAUCGAGAGGCUAAAGAGCAUAGAAUUAAUAUGGGUUUCACCUCAUAUGUUACCAUGACUCCAACAUUAUUCAAAUAAGACACUAGCUUCAGGGGGAUCAUAAAUGUUUGAAUCAACAAUGUAGCAUCAGUCAUCUUAAAGUAUAGAAUUUUAAUCCAAGGAGAAUUAUGUUGGCAGAUAUUUAGACAUAUAUAAUCUCUCUUACAGUGACGACAUAGCUGAUGUUGUUGUGAAGUGGCUAAUUUUCUUUAAGACAUGGUCAUCAAAAUUCAGAACAUUCAGAUUCAUGGCAUUCUCUGAUUUUUCUACCUUCGAGGGAUUAAUAUCAGCUAGUGUUGGAACAUCAGUAUUUCCCUCUUUUACUUCAUCAUUUCCGCCUAAGUUUCAGGUUUAGUUGGUUCUCGUAGUAGCUUUUCAUCCAUGAGAAUCUCCUUCAGACCCAAGUAUCCAAGAUGCGUGAGCAUGCGAAUCUUCCACAACAUAAAGUCGCAAGACCCAUCAAACUGAUCAACCAAUAUUUGUGUAUUAGACAUCCUAACCUGAUGCAUUACUACCAUUUGUUAAAACCUCAAUUAACUCAACACAUGAUUAGUUUGUUUGGUUUAUAUGUUUAACGCUCUAUCUCUCUUUCUUUAUGCGCAAGUAACAAGGUUGUAAGCUAAGAGUAGAAUGACACAGAACAAUUUAACCAGUUCAAAGUUUCUAUAUAAACUCUCAUACGUCUGAGCCAAACGAUUCUGGCAAUUCACUCUAUGUUCAAUAUCACCACCGAGCUUAAGGACAAACAAAUUUUAGUUUAAUCAGUUCAAAGUCUCUAUAUAAGCUCUCAUACGCCUGAAUCAAAGGAUUCCUGAAAUUCACUAUAUGUUCAACAUCACCACAGAACUUAGACACAAACAAAUUUUAGCUCAAUGAUGUAAAAAAAAGAAAAAAAUGUUGCAAAGAUUAUUUAAGUCAACUCACGACUUAAACCUUAUAUAAAGUUCAAAGAUAACUCCUAAUCCUAAUAUAAUCUUAUCUCCUUUCUUUAUUCUCUAUGAAUUAAACAUUCUAUGUUUAUCUCCUAAUUCCUAAUGUAUUUCAGUUUUGGACCAAUCAUAUCCAACAUCUUGGUUACCUGAACAAUGUUCCAUAGAAGAUACAUCGUACAUACAAACAUACAAACAUUGUUUUAUCAUACUUCUUAGAGCAUGAGAAUGAUAUAACCCGUAGUUUGGAACUAAGAAUAAGAGCUAGCGAAUGAAUCUAAGUGAUCAUGAUUUUUGGGAGGGCAUGAUCUCAUACUGAACAGGAGGGUCACUCAUAUUGGAUUUUAUUUUUAUUUCCCCCCUCUUCUACUUUCUGAUCCUUAAACAAUAAAUACUCUUAUUUAUUCCCAAUAUCACAACCAUGACUGCUAUUAGGUUCUUUUCGUAGCCCAAUCCCUAUUGUAGUCAUAAACUCAACAGACUCAACCGAGCAUCACCGCGCCUUCGAAACAAAAUCUUCUUUAGCAUUCUAUUUACAUAAUUUAUAAAAAAAUUAAUACUUUAUUAAAUCAUAUUUUCUUUGAAUGAAUGAAUGUACAAUUGCAUUUAUAAAAAAAAUCAUUAUCACAUCAAGUGUUACAUGUUCGGGAUUUCACAGCAUAAUCUAAAACCGAGUAGAGAACCAGAAUAAAUACCCUCGUAUUUUUUUAUCUCAUGCAUUUUGAAGUAAUGAAAUACGUUUUCAUAUGUUUGUUCGAUGAUUUUGCUGUCACUGAGCAGUGAUUGGAACCUAUCCAUGCUUUUUUGUUAUUCUAUUCCUUCUUGAUUGAGUGAAUGACUAUCUAGAAUGCAUAUCAAGUGACCAGCAUAGUAUGCUUUGAUGAUCAAGAGACGAAUUCGCUUUUAUCAUUGAGAUAGCAUUUAAAAUUUAUUAAAAAUUACACACAAAUAUCGUAAAGAUUUUAAAAGUUCGGUUAAUAUUAUGUAAAACUCUAUUAAAUCCUGUAAAAUAUUAUUGGAUAUUAGAAAUAUCUUUACAAAAUUUAAUAUUGUCCUCAUUAUAAUAUGUGGGUUCGUUUCUCCAAAGUCAUCAAGAAAACAAUAGAAAUGUUCUUCUUUUUGAAUCUGCCCAAAGUGAAUUUUGUGAUCGUAAUGGGUUUCGACAAUCUGUAACCUAACCAAACUAUGUGGAUUCUUUGAGAGCCUUACGACAACAAUCAUUGGUAUUGUAUAUGUUGUGCUUAUUAUCAGAAUCCUCGUGGCUGAAAUAAAAUACUUCAGGGCAAGCUUGUAAGUUCAAGAUCUUUCUUAUUAGAUUAGAAGUGAUUACAAGAUGAUAUAUAUACAGCGGGGAUCUGAGUACUCUAGGUUAACCGUAAUAAGGAAACUUUCUAUAAACAGGAAUGGAUAAUAUUUAGAUAGUAAAGGAGAUGAUCACACGUAUCAUGGAGCUGAUUACGGCGAUCCUUGACAAAGCUUUCUAGGUGCUAAUGCGUUCUUUUUCGCUGGAUCUGCAAGGAAUGCGUACCACACCAAAAGUCAAGGCAUCUACAAAAGAAAAUAUCUUUCAUGUGCCGUCUUACCCAUUGGAGUAUUUUCUGCUGGACCUACGCUGACUCUACUGUUUUGAUUGCAACCAUUCUCUACUACUUGGCUCAUUCUAUGGCUGACACUGGUGGAUGGGAGAAACAUCAGAACGACGGCAUCAGCAUGACUACUCCUGCAGAUGCUCCAAAGCAACACAACACAUAUUUUGACAAGGCUUAUAACCAACAUCUGUUUGGUUUUAUAUUGGCUGUGCUUUUAAGACAAGGGUAUAAAUUAUUAAAUGUUGUUUAUUAUAAUUGUUCAUCUGAACUUGCAUUCUCAGAUGUAUGUAAAAUUUUGAUUGGCUUUUUAGCUUUUCCACAUGACUUCAACCGUGCUAACAAUCAGGAGUCAUUACUCACGACUGUAUGAACCUAAUCUAAUAGGCCCAUUACAAGGCCUAGUGACAACAUUCUAGCCUCAACUUGGAAUAUAUGGAAUAAUGGAAUAUACUUUGCAUGCGAAAGGGUUUAACAAAGAGCUCAAAUGUUUGAUAACUUUUUGGAAUACAUUUUCGAUCAGUACAAGUAAUAAACGAUUCUCCACAAGAUAUUCAAAAUAGUUUACACAUGCAAUAAUAUUUAAGGAUGAGUUUUGCAACAUGCAAAGGCCAUACCUUUCCCUUUUCUUAAAUCACUUUCUUCAUUAUGAAUUAUCUAAGAACAAAUCCUUGCUUAUAUUCGGAGUAGAGAAGUAUAUAUAUAAACCUUGCAUCUUAGAUCUUAGCUACCAAAAAGGCUACAUAGCGAUUUACGGGUCCGAAAUGGAUGAACAUGGAGCUUCUUCAUCCAGGAAACGAAGAUCUCUGUACCACAAUCUAGGAGGAGGACACUUUGCUGAUGUAAUGUUCUGGAAGAACAAGAAAGAAUCAGGAACAAUCUUGGCGGUAUUCACAUUGAUAUGGUUCUUGUUCGAAGUGGUUGAAUAUCCUUUCAUCACUUUCAUCUGCCAGAUCCUCUUGGUCUCCAUUUUUAUAUUCCUCAUUUGGUCUUACAUUGGCUCUUCACAACUAAUUCAUCGGGAACCACCAAGUAUUAACGAUCUAAAGAUUUCGGAAUCAACUUGGAGAUUCUUGUUCAACAAGAUAAAUUGGUUCAUCAUCAAAUUGUAUGAUAUUUCAAGUGGAAAAGACUUCAGACUCCUGGUUUUGGCCGUUGUUUCACUAUGGAUACUAUCAGUGGUCGGAAACUAUUUCAGCUCUCUAACUCUCCUAUACAUUGUAUUCGUGGCUCUGGAGACGAUACCGAUAUUGUAUGAGCUAUACGAAGAAGAGCUGAAUUAUGCAGCAAGUAAAAGCGGGAGGGACAUGAAGAAGCUAUUUAACGACUUCAACUCUAAAGUUAUUAACAAGAUCCCUAAAGCUGAUGCUAAAACUAGGAGGCAUAUGUAAAUUUAUAUCAAUCUUCUGAAUUUGUACAUCUUACAUAUUAAAACUGAUAAUAUGUCUUCGUUCAAGUAAUCAUGAAUACUCUUUCUCAAAAAAAAAAAAAAAGUAAUGAUGAAUAGUCCAUCAGGAAAUCAGGAUUCAAUGUGUAUAUUAAAUUAUACUUCGUUUUUAUGGAAGGUGGCUCAAAAAGUUUGUCGAAA